AGAAAACAUUAGCUUAAAAAAACAAUUGGGGUUGAAAUGUAAUGAAAACAAAAGAUAAAAGGACCAAAUUUAAAAUUAUUGAUUUUGAAAACAAUUGACUUCUUCCAAAAUUAGCCGAAAAUACUCUGUAUCUCUUCAUCUCUUGCCGUCUUUUCCAAAACACAAAAUUAGGGUUUGAACAAAACCCUUUUCAACACUUUGACACUAGAAUAUACACAUCUCUAAAUCAAACGAAUUUCCGAGAUUUAGUUUUGUUGAACCCUAAUUAGGGUUCCAGCAAUGGGUCGUCAUCAGAAACCCUUAAAACUGUUGUUAAUUAUCUGGGUUUUCUUCACUUCCCACGGUUACAUCGCCGUUUCCGGCAACGAUAUCGACAAAUAUGCGCUUCUGGAGUUUAAGAGGUCCGUUUCCGAUCCUUCAGGAGUGCUGGUGAGCUGGAAUGGGAGCAAUUCGGAUGUUUGUUCGUGGGUUGGAGUUUCAUGCGGGUCGAAUUAUCGGGUUGUAGCUCUUAAUAUCACAGGUGGAGGUAAUUCAGGCUCUUUUACUUGUAGUAGAUAUGAUCAAUUUCCUUUGUAUGGGUUCGGAAUAAGGAAAAAAUGUGUGGAUCGUAAUGCUAAAUUGAUGGGUAAAUUAUCGUCUGCUAUUUCCAAGAUUUCAGAACUUAGGGUUUUAUCUCUCCCUUUUAAUGAUCUAAUUGGGGAAAUUCCUGAUGAAAUUUGGGGUUUGAAGAAACUGGAAGUGAUUGAUCUUGAAGGGAAUUUGAUUAAUGGGAGUUUGAAUUCCAAUUUUAGAGGUUUCGAUAGUAUUAGGGUUCUUAAUUUAGGGUUUAAUCAGAUAUCAGGAGAUAUACCUGAUUCAUUAGUGAAUUUGAAGAAUCUACAGGUCUUGAAUUUAGCAGGAAAUCAUAUAAAUGGUUCAAUUCCGAAGUUCUUUAGCGAAUUUAUAGAUUUAAGGGGGUUGUAUUUGUCUUUCAAUCGGCUUUCGGGCAGAAUACCGAGCGAGAUUGGGUACAACUGCGGCAAUCUCGAGCGUUUAGAACUUGCCGGAAACUUCUUGCUUGGCGGGAUUCCAGCCAGUUUAUCAAACUGUACUAGGUUGCAAUCGCUUUUGUUGUAUUCGAACAUGCUUCAAGGAGAAAUUCCGAUUGAGCUUGGCCGGCUUCGGAUGUUGCAGGUUCUGGACGUUUCUAGAAACAGUCUCGAUGGUGCAAUACCGCAAGAGCUUGGAAAUUGUACGGAACUUUCAGUUCUCGUGCUCUCAAACUUGUUCAAUCCGAUCUAUAAUAUUCGUGAUUCUGAUGGCGAUUUUGUUCCAACAAAAUUGGUUCGUUCUCAUGAAGAGUAUAAUUACUUUCGGGGUGAAUUGCCUUCGGAAAUUACGGUUCUGCCCAAGCUGAAACUGUUAUGGGCGCCAAGAGCGACUUUGGAGGGCAAGUUUCCGAACAACUGGGCUGCUUGUAGAACCUUGGAAAUGGUAAAUUUGGCUCAGAAUUUGUUCACCGGUCGAAUCCCGAACGGGCUCGGUGUCUGUAAGAAGUUGUGGUUUCUUGAUUUGAGCUCGAACCAGUUGACCGGAGAGCUUAGUGAUGAACUUCCGGUUCUUUGUAUGACUGUGUUUGAUGUUAGUAGCAAUCAUCUUUCGGGUUCGAUUCCCUCUUUUCGUCAUGCCAUCUGCAAACCCUUCGAUCCUGACUCGGCAUAUCUCCGAUAUUUUGCAUUUGAAAUGGCAAACGAUGGUGGAAAUCUUGCAAUAAUGCAUAAUUUCGGUGGGAAUAACUUCACUGGGGGAUUGAGUUCGAUUCCGGUUUUACCAAGAACGGCCAAGAACUCGGUUUAUAUGUUUCUUGCCAGCGAAAACCAGCUCGCUGGACCGUUUCCCCGAGCUCUGUUUGAUAAGUGCUCUAAAUUCAAAGCAAUAGUUGUUAAUCUCAGCUCCAAUGGGUUUUCCGGCGAGAUCCCGUCAAAUAUUGGUCGAAUUUGCAGAUCGUUGAGGGUCUUGGACGUUUCUCAGAAUCGAAUAUCGGGAAUUCUCCCUUCUAGUUUCGGUGAGUUGGGGUCUCUUGUUGUGCUUAAUUUGAGCCGGAACUUGUUACACGGAGAAAUACCGGUCGAUUUUAGUAAGAUUAAGGAUCUACGGGGUCUUUCGUUAUCGCGCAACAAUCUUUCAGGUCCUAUUCCUACGAGUUUCGGAAAGCUGAAAUCUUUGGAAGUUCUUGAACUUUUCUCGAACUCACUUUCGGGUCCGAUUCCGGAAGAUCUUGUAAAUUUGAGAAAUCUGACUGUUCUUUUGCUCAACAAUAACAAGCUCUCUGGCUCGAUUCCAUCAGGCUUCACAAACGUUACGAGGAGUGUGAAAUUCAAUGCGUCGUUCAACGAUUUGUUGGACCCUUCACCGGAAAACUUGAUGGCGGCGACACCAUCUUCCGAACAACAGUCGCCAGAGCCGGAAAGUACGGGUGGUUCCAUCGAUUACUCCAAUUCUUCCACCCCGGUGCCAAAGGGCAGGAGCCGGAAGUUGAAUUCAAUCGAGAUUGCUUCGAUAACAUCGGCUUCGGCUGUUUUUUCGGUCAUUCUAGCUAUGGGUGUUCUCUUCUUGUGUGCCCGAUGGAGGCCGAAUUCCGUGGCAAACGGGUCGACCCACAAGGAAGUUAUCCUUUUCACCAAUACCGGGGUCCUGCUGACGUUUGAGAACGUGAUACAGGCCACUGGUAACUUCAAUGCUAGCAACUGUAUUGGAAAUGGAGGUUUCGGAGCUACUUAUAAGGCGGAGAUCUCACCGGGGUUCUUGGUGGCAAUAAAACGGCUAGCCGUCGGAAGAUUUCAGGGAGUGCAACAGUUUGAUGCCGAGAUCAAGACAUUAGGGCGGCUCCGCCACCCGAAUCUCGUGACUCUAAUUGGGUAUCACGCCAGCGAAACCGAAAUGUUCUUGAUAUACAAUUACUUGCCCGGCGGGAAUUUGGAACGAUUCAUCCAAGAACGAUCAAUCCGAGCUGUCGAUUGGCGAAUCCUUCACAAAAUCGCACUCGAUAUCGCUCGAGCCCUCGCGUACCUCCACGACCAAUGCGUUCCGCGGGUUCUUCACCGUGACGUGAAGCCAAGCAACAUUUUACUCGACGAUGAUUUCAACGCGUAUUUGUCGGAUUUCGGUUUGGCUCGGCUUUUGGGGACCUCCGAGACCCACGCCACCACCGGGGUCGCCGGAACUUUCGGAUACGUGGCGCCAGAAUACGCAAUGACGUGUCGGGUCUCCGAUAAGGCAGAUGUCUACAGUUACGGGGUCGUAUUGUUGGAGCUGAUUUCCGAUAAAAAGGCGUUGGACCCGUCGUUUUCGUCUUACGGCAACGGUUUCAACAUUGUCGGAUGGGCCUGUAUGCUGCUCCGGCAGGGACAGGCGAAGGAGUUUUUCACGGCGGGGUUGUGGGACUCCGGACCGCAUGAUGAUCUAGUGCAGGUUUUGCACCUGGCAGUAGUCUGCACUAUGGACUCGUUGUCCACGAGGCCCACAAUGAGACAAGUGGUACGGAGGUUGAAACAACUUCAACCUCCGUCAUGUUGACAAAAAAUGUAUUAGGUAUCGAUUACGAUUAAUUUGUAAAUU